AUGUCAUCACAAUCAUCUGAUACUCUCGAGCUCAAAGAAGCCAAUGCCAGUGUGUCCCAGAUAUCCGCUGAGGUUUCAUGCAGCAAUGGGGGCUGGGAUGAUGACCCUCAAAACCCCAUGAACUGGUCGAACGCCUGGAAAAGGACAAUCAUUGCACUGGUUGCCUUCGCCACGUUCAACGACGCCGCAGCUUCAAGCAUUUUCACACCAGGGGUACCACUCGUUCUUGAGGAAUUCCACACCACAAACCCCGCCAUAUCGCCAUUCCUCAUAUCGAUCCAUGUCAUUGGCUUCGCAACGGGACCGCUGCUUUUCUCCCCUCUCAGUGAGAUCUACGGAAGAUGUAUUGUCAUGCAUAUUUCAAACGUAACUUUCUUUUUUUCUUGCAUUCUCUGCGCUCUCAGUGUCAACGUCCCUAUGCUAGCUAUAGCUCGCAUCCUUCUGGGAGUGGCUGGUUCCAUACCCAAUGCACUGGCAGGAGGUUUUGUGGCGGACCUGAUCCCUCUUGAAAGACGGGCGAGCUCGCUCGCCUUGUUGUCUGCCGGGACUCUAUCAGAUGAACUUCUUACAUUAAAUCCAGGCCCGAUUGCAGGCGGUUAUAUGGCACUAAACGUGGGCUGGAGAUGGACAUUCUGGCUCGAAGCCAUCGUGGUUGGCUGCAGCACGAUAGCAUCAUCCCUACUCCUCCGAGAGACCUACGCUCCGGCGCUCCUCCGAAGGAAAGCCGCAAAACUAGGCACGCAAAAACCCCUCAAAGAAAGCGAAAGCCACUGGAAAGCCCUGCGGAGAGGCAUCUCACGACCGAUGAAGCUCUGCCUCUGCUCGCCCAUCGUGAUGAUCAUCUCGCUCUACAACUCCAUCAGCUACACAUACAUGUACUACAUCAUCACCACCUUCCCCACGCUCUUCGGCGAAGAAUACGGCUUCAACGCAGGCGAGGUCGGGCUCGCCUACAUUGCCCAAGGGGUCGGCUGCCUAGUCGGCCAGCUCGUAGUCGGCCGCUUCGCAGACUGGUACAUCCAGCGCCAACGAGCCCGAUACGGCACCACGACGCCCGAAGACAGACUACCCCCCGCCAUCGUAGGGUACGUCGUUCUCGCCAUCGGCAUGAUGUGGUUCGGGUGGUCGGCGCAGGUCCAUGCCCAUUUCAUGGUCCCCAUUGUCGGCUCUGGGGUUGUGGGCUUGGGCAUCGUGGCCGGGUUUCUCGUUGUUCAGUUCUAUAUUGUGGAUGCUUUUGAGGUCUAUGCUGCCAGUGCUUUGGCGGCCAAUAACCUUAUUCGGGCUAUUAUUGCGGCCCUCUUGCCCCUGUCUGGUCCGGCGAUGUAUGAUCGCCUGGGGUAUGGUUGGGGGAAUACUAUUCUCGGUCUCGUGGCGUUGGUUAUUGCGCCGACUCCGUUGUUGCUGAUGAAGUAUGGACGAAAGAUUCGGAUGCGGUGGCUGCUAGAGCUGUAG